GGCUACAACAAGAAACCCUGUCUCUAAAAACAAAACAACAACCAAGGGUGCUCCCUGCCAAGUCAGGACCUGAGCUGGGCCCCCGAGGUAGCCUCUUCCUCUUCACUUGGAGACCCCGAAGGAGAGAAUAGACUUGUGGGAGUUGUCCUCUGACCUCGACACUGCAGAGAGUAGCACUUGUGCCCCUCCCAUCAGCUUUCUGAAAAUCCCAAGAUCCCGUUUUUUUAAAAGUGUGUACCUCUAGGUCCAGAGUUCUUUGGCUCCCUCCUCCUGGUUUAGGUUGAAAGAUGAAACUUGCCAUAAUCGAGUGGCAGUGGGGAAAUCUCAGGGCUGGAAGUGGCUUGAGUGUUCUCACCCACCCAGGCGCCUGUUGGAAUGACUCAAAACAAAAAUGGCCUGUCUUCUUAGUUUCUUACCUCUGGGGCAGGUCAGGGUUUGAAGAUCAGCAGACACCGGAAAAGGCUGAGCAGGGUGUGAGAUCUCCUAAGGUCUUCCAGUUUGGUUGACCCUGAGGGCAUUUGAUGCCCAAGCUUGGGAAGGAAUUUGCUUUAAAUUGCUGGUGCUUGGGUAGACAAUUGUAGCCACUGGGGCCAUUAGCCUGACAUCCAGACCUUGGGUGGAGAGGGGCGUGGUGCCCCAGGGGAGGUGUCUGGGCAGCAAAUAACAGGACACUUGGGUUUGCCGAGGAAGCACAGCCUCUGGGAGGGAUUGGGGGAGGAGUCGGGCUUUCAAAGCCGGUUCAUAGAGGCUGAGCACAGGUGGGGAACCGGUCUGUGGCACCUGGGCACGCUCCUGGCAGCUGUGGCAACUUCGGAGCCCAAGAGGCUCGCAGAGCCAGAGUUGCAGCCUCCACCGAAGGAAGACUCCGGCCCGCCGCUGCCCGCCGCUGCCCGCCGCUGCCCGCCCGCCGCAGAGGGUAGGGAGAGGGACUGCAGGUACUUGAGAACAGCACCUCUCCAGGCAGGGGGCAGACAAGGAGGACUCUGCGUUCAGCUUUCCAGAGGGGGUGAAUCCAUCCCCGAGAGCAAAGGUUCGAUUUAAGGACUCCAGACAGAAGAUUCUUAACCCAAAUUCUCAGAGGCCAGUCUUCACUCUGGGAGGAGGGCACUCAAGACGCCCUCUCCAAGACGCUUUAUCCUCAACCCAUGGCGCUGCCCGGCUCCUCACAAGCCCAGACUUGGGCCGUGGAGCCCCCGGUUCCCACAGCCUCUUUGCCCUUGGGACCCCAGGAGCAGGAGGGUGCCGGGAGCCCCGCAGCGUCCGGAGGGCUUCCGCAGCAGGAGAAGGUGAAGCGGCCCAUGAACGCCUUCAUGGUGUGGAGCUCUAUUCAACGCCGCCAGAUGGCGCAGCAGAACCCCAAGCUGCACAACUCGGAGAUCUCGAAGCGCCUGGGAGCGCAGUGGAAGCUGCUGGGCGACGAGGAGAAGCGUCCCUUCGUGGAGGAGGCCAAGCGUCUCCGAGCCCGCCACCUACGCGACUACCCCGACUACAAGUACCGGCCUCGGCGCAAGAGCAAGAACUCGGGCACCGGGUCCGUCCACUUCAGCCAGGGAGGAGGAGGCCUGGCCUGUGGUGGCCCGCACUGGGGGCCAGGGUACACAACUACCCAAGGGAGCAGAGGCUUUGGGUACCAGCCCCCCAACUAUUCGACAGCCUACCUGCCCGGCAGUUACGCCUCUUCCCACUGUAGACCGGAGGCCCCCUCGCCGAGCUCCCUCCCUCCGAGUGAUCCUCGGCUCCAGGGGGAGCUGAUGCCCUCUUUUCCCACCUACCUAUCCCCAGGCUCCACCACCCCAUACAGUACUUCCCUUGCUGGUGCCCCCUGUCUGUAACCCACCUUUAACUGGCAGAGGCAUUCAGGGCCAACUCCACAGAGCCACCCCUUCCCACGUCAGAGGCCUACAAGUCUCUCACAGAACCAGAAUGCACAAAAGCACAAUACACAAUUUUGUACAAUCAAA